AAGUGUGAAAAACAGCCAGAAGUCACUGCCAUUAUACCUUCAAAUGGUCCCUAAACAAAUUGUUGUAAGUCAAGGACUACUGGUACUGUUACGAUCCAUUAAUUGCUUGGCCAAAUUUUAACUAUUAAAAAUAUAUAUCUUUCUCUUUCCUAAACAUUUUUUUCUCUAGAACUUCAUUAACUCUAAAAACGAGUCUCCGAUUUUGAGAGGCAGUGUUUUUUCCCAUUUAUUUUUAUGAGGAGCUGCAAAAGAAGUUGACACUAAUUAAAGAUACACUAUAAAUACAUCUGUAAGGCUAGAAUUUUGACAAGAAAAAACUAAUAAUAUGUUGGAGGAUGUGACUGAGAACUGCUAGUUUCACCUAAUAUAUCCAGUGGCUUCUUUUUGACAUGGACAUUAAUUUAUUAGAACUAUUAUGCUUUUCAAAUGGGAAAUAACUGAGAGAUAACUCUACCCUGUAAGGAUGGUGCUGACCUUAAUGAUGAGGUGAUGCAGGUUUCUAUGUUUGAAAGAAGAUUAAAUUGGAAUCCAUUAAACCUCGUUAGGCCAUAAAGGCAAAACUUGCAGAAUGCAAAUAAGUUGCCAAUGACUUUUUUUCCGUUUAAAACUAUCUGUAAAUGAAACAUUCCUCCUAAAAUCUCUCAUUCCUCAAAGAGCUGAAGUAAGCAUAAGAAAAGCAGAUUCAUGGAUUGCUCAAAUCAAACAGCCCCAAGCAAUUUUGUCCUCUCUGGGUUCCCAUAUGCAGGAGAACUUAAGGUCCCCUUGUUUCUCUUCUUCUCAGUCAUGUUUGCACUCACUCUUGCUGGAAAUUCACUGAUCAUCUUGGUGGUGAUCUUUGACCUUCAACUGCACAAGCCCAUGUACUGGUUCCUGUGUCAUCUUUCCAUCCUGGACAUGGCUGCCUCAGCUGUGGUGGUCCCUACAGUUAUUGCAGGAUUCAGUCUUGGGGGGAAUAUUAUCUCUUUUUCUGGAUGUGUGACUCAAAUAUUUUUUUUCAACUUCCUGGGAUGUGCAGAAAGCCUUCUCUUCACCUUGAUGGCUUAUGACCGCUUCUUGGCCAUCUGUAAACCACUCCACUAUGGCAACAUCAUGAGCUGGAGAGUCUGUCUUGUCCUCUCCUUGGGUACCAUAAUUGGUGGCUGCCUCAACUCUACAUUUCAGACAUCGCUCACUUUUCGCUUGCCUUAUGGACAAAUAAAUUAUAUUGACUAUGUCUUCUGUGAUAUUCCUGCCAUAUUGAAGUUGGCUUGUGCUGAUACAAAACUUAAUGAGUUGAUGACCUUCAUUGAUGUUGGUCUUGUAGCAAUGACUUGCUUUCUUCUUAUCCUAGCAUCUUAUGUUUACAUCAUCAUGGCUAUUCUAAGACUUAGUAGUAUUGAAGGACGGCGCCGAGCCUUCUCAACUUGCACUGCACAUGUUAGUGUGGUGGUCAUAUACUACCUUCCUGUGGUGUACCAUUAUCUGAGACCAGCUUCUCAGGGCUCCAUGGAUGGUGUGAUAAGCAUGUUCUAUACCACAGUAACCCCUUUGUUGAAUCCACUAAUAUAUACUCUUAGGAACAAGGAGAUAAAAACUGCUCUGCUGAAACUCUGGGGUGGGAAUGCAGAGUAAGUAGCAGAAAAUAUGUAAAAUAAUUUUAUAUUUAUUUUUUUAAAAUAAAAAUGGUGAAUAGUCAUGUUUGUUUCAAGUUUUGAAUGUGUAAAUUAUCCUAUUUUAGGGACUCUUCAUCUUUGAGGAGCUGUUAAGAAAUUGAUGGAGCCAGGUUAAGUUUUUUAAAAGUGCAGACAAAUAACUCCUUUCAUAUGACCUAUGCGGUUUUGUGUCAUCUUUCUUUCAUAAUUCAAGGAAGUAUAUCUUGUUUAGAAGGGGAAAGAGAAGAAGAAACAUAAGUUGGUCCAAAGAAAAAGAUUCCAAAGAUCCCCCUGGAGUAAUCUCAGAUAGAAGGGAAUUCUGCAGUGCCUCUGAAGGAAGUGAAGAAAGUCUGAAGUUUACAUCAUGGAGCCACAAGUGUUUCAUGAGUUCCUCUCCUGGACAAUGAUGAUCCAUCCAUAUUUUAAAUUCUGAUGCUCAUAAUGUCCUUGGUCCAGUAACCUAUGUAUGUUCUGCUCUCUUGGGCACAGUGGUGGAUGGAUUCCAAGAACUCAUCUUCUCCAAUAAUAUAGGAAACAUGGUCCCUCAAACCCUUUCCUGACAGUUGGAUGGAGUUCCACUAUCUUCCAGAAGACCUAAUUCCAAAGUGGUAUCAACGAAUGCAAAUACAACAAAAUAGAGAGAAAUAGAAACACUAAUUAGCUGCUGUUUUUAUUGAGGCUCAGUGAAAGCUACCAGACAGUUUAUAUGAAUUUACUGUUUAGAAACGAAUGCUUUGGGUGAAUUAUUGUUUCAAUCAGAUAUAUUGUGGCUUGUGAAAAAAAAUACUUUGUUCUUUGAUGUUAUA